GUACAAUACAAAUACUGGUGGAUUCUGCUACUGUUUGUUGAAUAGUUUUGCCAGGCGGGCUAUGACGGCUUGUCGGCUUAUGAAUCGCAAAGAUCAAUUUGGGGAUAAUUGCACUAUAAGCUACCUCGAUGCAUCCAUUUCAGGAGCUACGCUCUUCUCCUGCUGCGCAACCACUGCUUCCACUGGAAGAGUCCAAUAAGAAGAGAACUGAGAGACUUUUGCAGAUAGAGUGAGGGUUAAAGGAAGUAAUAUGGCUGAGAAAACAGGGAAUGAAUGGACUGCUUUAGCACAUAUAAUAACAGCAGUGAUAGGAUCAGGAGUUCUAUCAUUAGGAUGGAGCAUGUCACAACUGGGAUGGAUUGCCGGCCCAAUAGCCAUGCUUUGUUUUGCUUCUGUCACCCUCACUAGUGCUCUUCUUCUCUCCAAUUGUUAUAAAUCCACUGAUUCUGACCUCCACACCAUCACCCAUGCAUCUUACCUUGAUGCUGUCCACUCCAUCUUAGGAAUUAGAAGCGCCUGGUUUUGCGGCAUCAUUGUGGGGAUAAAUUUCAUAAAGAUUGGAAUUGUGUACACUAUCACCUCUGCUAUUAGCAUUGGAGCUAUUCAGAAAUCAAACUGCUAUCAUUAUGAAGGCCACAAUGCUACUUGUUCGUAUUCAAACACUAAAUAUAUGAUUAUAUUUGGAUCACUUCAAGGACUAGUGUCUCAAAUUCCUGACUUCCAUAAUACAGAAUGGCUCUCCGUCAUUGCUGCAAUAAUGUCUUUCACAUAUUCAUUUAUCGGAUCAGGUCUUAGCUUAGCCAAAAUAAUAGAUAAUGGAGAAAUAAUGGGUGGCAUUGGAGGAUUGCCUGCUUCUAAUCCCAGUAAAAAAGUAUGGUCAGUUGCACAAGCGCUUGGGAACAUUGCCUUUGCCUUCCCAUUCUCUGUCGUAUUUUUAGAGAUACAGGUGCAUCAAAUUUACAUUCAUCCGCCAAAGUAAAAUAUGAAAUGUGGCAAUUUGUUAAAACUUUUAAAAUAUGAAGCAUACAUUGAGGGCACCUUCAGAAAAGGCAACCAUGAAGAAGGCCUCAAUAAUGGCAGUCUGCACUACCACACUUUUCUACCUGAGCUGUGGUGGAAUGGGUUAUGCAGCUUUUGGCAAUAGAACACCUGGGAACCUCUUAACAGGAUUUGGUUUUUACGAGCCCUAUUGGCUUGUCGACUUUGCUAAUGCCUGUGUUGCUCUUCACCUUGUUGGAGGAUAUCAGGUGUUCAGCCAGCCGUUGUAUGCAAAUGUAGAGAGAUGGCUUAGGGAGAAAUAUCCAGAAUGUCAAUUUGUACAUAAGAACUAUAUUUUAAAUUGCCAACACUUCGGAGCUUUUCAGUUUAACUUCGCGAGAUUGGUCUUUCGGGUUGCUUAUGUUGCAAUUAUCACUGGGAUCGCCAUUCUGUUCCCGUACUUUAAUCAGGUUGUGGCAGUCGCGGGAUCAGUCAACUUCUGGCCUAUAGUUGUUUACUUCCCAGUGGAGAUGUACCUAAAGCAGAAAAACAUUGAAUUUUGGACAACCCAGAAGAUCGUUCUUCGUGCAUAUACAUACAUAUGCUUGGUAAUCAUCCUAUUUGCCUUUGUGGGUUCUGUUAGAGGAUUGAUUCUGGCAAGGUCCCGCUAGGACACUAUCAGGGAAUUUUAUAUGUGAUAUAUAUUCAUAGUACAUUUUAUUGACGAAUAAAGGUCAAGUUUGUAAAUUUUUAAUAUGUGAUAUAUAUUCAUAGUACACUAGUAUAGUACCCGUGCAUACGCACGGAAAAAAGAAGUUGAUGCAUAUA